AUGGUGCGCAACUCCCAUUUAGUGGGACAAGCGCUCAUAGGCUACUUAGAGCAAAAGGGCUAUCCAGAAGUGGCGCUUCACUUUGUGCGCGAUACUCGUACUCGCUUCAGUUUGGCCAUGGACUGCGGCCAACUUGAGGUUGGUGUGGAGGCCGCAAGAGCCUUGGAUGACCCGGCAUGCUGGCAACGUUUAGGUGAACUAGCUUUGCAUCAGGGCAAUCACCAGAUUGUCGAGAUGGCCUAUCAACGCACCAAGAAUUUCGAUCGACUUAGUUUUCUUUAUCUUAUCACCGGGAGCACUGAGAAGCUAAGAAAGAUGAUGAAAAUAGCUCAAUUUCAUUAA